AUGAGUGCAAACAGCCCCUCCUGGGACCAGGCUGUUCUCCAGCCUCCGGUGUGUGAUGCUUGGAAGGAGAUUACGGAGGAAGCAGCCUACCAGCUGGCCAGCUGCAUUGUCCUCCUGGGUUACAUGGGGGGAAGUGGCAUCUUUGGGUCCCUCUAUAUCUUUGGCCUCCUGGCCCCAGGCUACUUCUGCUAUGCUCUGUGGGGCUGGUUGAGUGCUUGUGGGCUGGACAUCUUCAUCUGGAACAUGCUGCUGGUCCUCGCCUGCUUGCUUCAGCUGGCUCACCUGGCUUACCGGCUCCGCAGAAACACCAUCCCAGAAGAGUUUGACCUCCUCUACAAGACCAUGUACCUGCCCUUGCAGGUGCCCCUGGAAGUCUACAAAGAAAUUGUGAAGUGCUGUGAGGAGCAGGUGCAAUCGCUAGUCAGAGACCAGAAUUAUGCGGUGGAGGGCAAGACGCCCAUUGACCGCCUCUCGCUGCUGCUGUCUGGCAGGAUCCGAGUGUGCCAGGAUGGACAAUUCCUUCACUAUGUCUUUCCAUACCAGUUCCUGGACUCUCCAGAAUGGGAGUCGCUGCGACCUUCUGAGGAAGGAACUUUCCAGGUCACGCUGACAGCCGAGACUGACUGCAGCUACAUCACCUGGCCGAGGAAGAAGCUGUAUCUCCUCCUGAGGAAGGACCGCUACAUCGCCCGCCUCUUCUCCUCCCACCUGGGCUAUGACAUCUCGGAGAAGCUCUACUCCCUCAACGAGAAGCUCUUCGCCAAGUUUGGCCUUCGCUUCGACAUCCGCCUGCCCAGCCUCUACCACGUCCUUGGGCCAGCCUCCUCGGAGGGCGAGUCAGAGGACUGUGAGGAGCUGCUGCCGGGCCCUGGCCAGGCCAGCGUCUCCGAGCCGCCGCCGCAGCCGCCGCCGCCACCGCCGGCCCCGCGCCCCCGGGCGUCCCGGCCCGACAGUGAUCUGCUGGGUGAGGACUCCACCAGUCUUGUCUUGGAAGAUUUUGCUGAGUUGCCGGGGUCUUUUAUGGACUAUGUGAGCGAAGGGGAGUAUAUGAACUCUCACCCUCUCUGCAAAGGACGAGCCCCUCUGGCUCCCACCCAGACCCCUGAACUCUAGGGAACAACAGGCUGCUUUCAUCCCGAAGCCCCUCCAAGGGAGCAGAUGCUCACACAGGUUUUUGACCAGAGACACU